GCGGGCCGGCGAUGGGGGCCGGGCCGUGAGCGCCGCUGGCCGCCGCCGCCGCCGCCGCCGCUUGGGCCCCUCGCGAGGCGCGGGGCCGCCCGGGAACAUGGCCCUGGAGCAGCUGUGCGCGGUCCUCAAAGUGUUGUUAAUAACAGUACUUGUAGUCGAAGGGAUUGCUGUGGCCCAAAAGACCCAAGAUGGACAAAAUAUUGGAAUCAAGCAUAUUCCUGCAACCCAGUGUGGCAUUUGGGUUCGAACUAGCAAUGGAGGUCAUUUUGCUUCACCAAAUUAUCCUGACUCUUAUCCGCCAAACAAGGAGUGUAUCUACAUUUUGGAAGCGGCGCCACGUCAAAGAAUAGAGUUGACCUUUGAUGAACAUUAUUAUAUAGAACCAUCAUUUGAAUGUCGGUUUGACCACUUGGAGGUUCGAGAUGGGCCAUUUGGUUUCUCUCCACUUAUAGAUCGUUACUGUGGUGUGAAAAGCCCUCCACUAAUUAGAUCAACAGGGAGAUUCAUGUGGAUUAAGUUUAGUUCUGAUGAAGAACUUGAAGGACUGGGAUUUCGAGCAAAAUAUUCAUUUAUUCCAGAUCCAGACUUUACUUACCUAGGAGGUAUUUUAAAUCCCAUCCCAGAUUGCCAGUUUGAGCUCUCGGGAGCUGAUGGAAUAGUGCGUUCUAGUCAGGUAGAACAAGAAGAUAAAACAAAACCUGGCCAAGCAGUUGAUUGUAUAUGGACAAUUAAAGCUACUCCAAAAGCCAAGAUUUAUUUGAGGUUCCUAGAUUAUCAAAUGGAGCACUCAAAUGAAUGCAAGAGAAACUUUGUUGCAGUUUAUGAUGGAAGCAGUUCUAUUGAAAAUCUGAAGGCCAAGUUUUGCAGCACCGUGGCCAAUGACGUAAUGCUGAAAACAGGAGUUGGAGUGAUCCGAAUGUGGGCCGAUGAGGGCAGUCGACUGAGCAGAUUCAGAAUGCUCUUUACUUCCUUUGUGGAGCCUCCCUGCACAGGUAGCACUUUCUUUUGCCACAGCAACAUGUGCAUCAAUAAUUCUUUAGUCUGUAAUGGUGUUCAGAACUGUGCGUACCCUUGGGAUGAAAAUCACUGUAAAGAAAAGAAAAAAGCAGGACUGUUUGAACAAGUCACUAAAACCCAUGGAACAAUUAUUGGCAUCACAUCAGGGAUUGUCUUGGUCCUUCUCAUUAUUUCUAUUUUAGUACAAGUGAAACAGCCUCGAAAAAAGGUCAUGGCUUGCAAAACUGCGUUUAAUAAAACUGGAUUUCAGGAAGUGUUUGAUCCUCCUCAUUAUGAACUGUUCUCACUAAGGGACAAAGAGAUUUCUGCAGACCUAGCCGACUUGUCAGAAGAACUGGACAGCUACCAGAAGAUGCGGCGCUCUUCCACUGCCUCCCGGUGCAUUCACGACCAUCACUGUGGGUCGCAAGCAUCCAGUGUCAAACAGAGCAGGACCAACCUGAGUUCCAUGGAACUGCCUUUCCGAAAUGACUUUGCACAACCACAGCCAAUGAAAACGUUUAACAGCACCUUCAAAAAGAGUAGCUACACUUUCAAACAGGCACACGAGUGCCCCGAACAGGCCCUAGAAGACAGAGUAAUGGAGGAGAUUCCUUGUGAAAUUUACGUCAGGGGGCGAGAGGAUUCUGCACAAGCAUCCAUAUCCAUCGAUUUUUAAUCUUCUACUAGAGGGGACAUGAAUUACUAAGUGUGUACGUACGCAGCCUACAGAGCACCCAUACUCUUCUGUCAGAACCAGGAAGACCUUCAUUCCCACUAACCUACUGUAAUGGUGACGCUUUUAUUGUCUCAGGCAGCCUGUAUGUUAAACCAACCAAGGGACCUACUCCAGUCCAUGAACAAAAUAAUAGUCACUUAUUGCUUGGUGUCACACACACAGAGUUCCAGUGAAAGAGCAUUUGAAGAGGGGCGUGCUGGUGCUGAGCCAGGCACAGGCUGCCUGUUAGGCUUAGCAACGAAUACUGCUCUGGAUUCAUACAGCUUGUCAACAUUUUGAUCCCACAAGUUUAAAAAUAAGAUCUGUCUCUGCAUUCCUUUUGUUUUUCUUUUCUCUAAAUUUAAUUUGUUUUAUAAGUCCGUGAUUUUACCAUUUUGGUUUCUUACAUAAAUAUAAAUGGUUAAUGUACCACACAUAUUUCAAUACAGGCGUUUGUUCUAGAAUUUGUCAAAAUAUAACUCAUUACUGUGGUACGUGCCAGUGAAGACCCAGAGUUCUGUUUCACCCAUCUGUUUCUUCUUGACUAAUUUCUAUACUGCUGCCUUUUAAUUACUGGAUCCUUAGUCUUUAUUUUUUGUGAACAGUGGAUGAUAUGAUUUAUCACCUUUAAGUCAUAUUUUGUCUUAUACUAGAAGAUUUCAUAAUCCUAGGAUGUAUGCACCCUUGCCAGUUAUGACUAAAAACUUGAAAAAUAUUAGAACUUCUAGAAAUCCUUUGAAAUUUCCCAAAUUUGGUCAGAUGCAGUGGUAACCCAUUCAUUCACUUUGGGGGAGGCCUGUUUCUUUACAGCAUUUCUCAUCACCAGAUUUGUGUUUCCUGUUAUUUUUAUAAGAAGAUGAUUUUGCUCCCUUUGUAUUGGUUUAUGUUAUGGCAUAUGGUAGCCAAGGUUGUAUGAGAGUUAAAGAAGAAUUCCUAAGAAACUGUAAAAGCCCUCAGAUUGCUUCUUACUUGGGACAAUACAUUUUUCUAGUUCUUACCAAGAAUAACAACUUCCACUUUUUUUUAAACUGCACUUUUGACCUUAUGUUUUUUUUAUGGUAUAUAAACAAUAAUUUAUAAACAUGAUAUGAAAACUCAUUGUGUUUUUUUAGACUUUUGAUAUUAUUUGAUACUGUACAAACUUUAUUAAAUCAAAAUUAAAGACCUACAUGACAGAUUUCUUUCAGUGUUCACCUUAGUGGCUUUGUAUACAAAUAUGCUGUGAUGGAACUACGCAUUAUAACUUAUUGUAAAGACCUUGGUAAUGUGUACUCAAGCUUUUGUUUCCUUUUGUUGUUGCAUUUAGUUUAUGAUGAAUUUUUCACUAUGUGUUAUUUAUGUUCUAAAUCACUACACAAGUCUUAUAUUAAAAUAUACAUUGUUACAUGAUUCUUCAAUCAUGUUAUUGCACUGAGCUUUUGGAACUUAAGAUAUAUAUGGAAAGGAAUCUGUUUAACAAAUUAAAACUAAUACAGACAUGCCAUUUAAAAAGAGAUAAAUUCUCAUUCUGAUUUUUUGUAGUAAAUUCUCAUGAAAUGAGAAAUUGAAGUUUCACUGAAUUUCACUUUUUUUUUUUUUUUUGAGAUCUCACAUCUAUGGGUUUUCUCAGGUUAGUGAAAACUAAGACCUUUAAAUAUGAUACAUAUAAAAUUACCCCUUCAAAAUGUUUCUUAUAUCACAUUUUUUAUUUUUUUAAAGUAUAUAAUAUCCAGGAGAUAUGUAAACCUGUAGACAGUAUAUUCAUGAUUUAAUUUUUUUUAAAGUCAGCAUAAUUUCCUAUUUUAAAAAUACAAUUUGGAAGAUAGACUUAAUGAAUGUAGUAUUUAUUGAACUAAAGAAUCAGAGCCAGAUUAGAUAGACAUUCUUUCAGUAGCUAUGUUGAAUAGGCUUUCCAGUAGUUAGUAGCCAGCCAACACUUGAACAGCAUAGUAAAUAUUUAAUAUAAUAACUGUGAUCUCAUUCUUCAUGAUGGUGAAGGAAAAUAGCAUAUUUUCUAUGUAAAAUUAUAUCCGUUAUAAAAACAGCUGUUAAAUCCAUCUUUAACACCUACAUUAUAAUAGAAACUAAUACAGUAUGCUUAACUACAUUAACUAUAAUCACUUGUAACUAUAUUUUUGUUUUUGAAAUUUGUAUCCUAUAUUCUUUUAAAAGGGCAUGAAGAGGCCUACAAAAUAGAGCCUUUAGAGAAGACGUUUAACAUUAAAACAGCACAGAACUACGUAGCUUCAGGCAACUCCACAUAGCAAGUGAAGCUUGGACAACAAAUUUGGUUCUAAAUGUUCAGGCUGCUAAAACGAAUGAAAUAGUUUUUGUUUUUCACAGUCGAGAACCCAAACUUAUCUGCAGAGGCUAGUUUUCUCUUCAAGUAAAGAAAGAGGAUCUUUAUAUAGAACAACAUUUCCUCAGAAUUUAAAAAAGAUGCAAAAUGCAGAGAAAAGUCAGAAUGGUAAAUCUUUAUCUAGUGAAGGCAUGUCUCAGUAUGGUCUAGGAUCAUCGGUUUUUGAUCAGUCUCUGCAGGGGUAGAACUAAAGAGUCAGAUGAUCAGUAUUAGUUAAGCCAGCCUUCAACUGCCAUAUACUGUAUGCCUUCACUGAAGUAUAGAUGGGUAUUAGGCCUCAUUUGUUUUUUAGUCACUUAUUUGGCAGUACACUAUGGGAAGAGGAUGGAACUAUUUUUCAGGCAUUAUUACCGUCAAAAUGCUAAUUGCUGUAGGUAGAGUCUUUCAUCUUUGAGCUUAGUGGGAAACUUUACAAAUUGUUUACUAAAGUAAAAGCCAUAAUAAAUUUUAGUAAUGGAAGAUGAACUUUAGCCAUCUUGUGGAAGCUAUUACACCCUUCACAGGGAAUGUUGAAGCUAGUUGUUAAACAUAGAGUAGAAAAUGCAAAUGUGGAGGUAAGAGUAUCUGCAAGUCAGGAGCAGCGCCUAGGAUCUGCAAUACUGUCGUGACCUCUCACCUGCGAGCCCAAGUUCAGCCACAAGAUAUCAACACUCAAGUGCCCACGGAUUGCAGGAAACCUAUGAAUCCCAACAUCUAAAGUAUGUACAAAUAAAGUGUGAUGUACCUUUUAUGGGGGGAAAUGUUCAACCUAAAGUUUUGACAAAAAGCAAAAGAUUUUCCACAUUUCACAUCACAAAAGAUUUAAAAGUCUCCUUUGACUUGUUAACAGCUUUUAUGUCUGUCUUUGUCAUGUUUCAUGUAAUUAUUAGGCAUUAAAAGAACCUCCUAAAUGUCUGCUUCUGAACAUUUUUAUAGUUCUGCUAUUAUCUGAUGAGCAGUGCGCUUUCUGGUUUCAGGGAUGUGUCACCUUGUCUCUUGAUGAGACAAGACAGAAGGAAGGCCUCGUGAUUCCAGGAGUAAUUUCAAAGGGGGUUAUGCCCUCUCACAAAAAUGGUGUCGGCUGUGUUGUUCAUGAUUAGAAGGGACCUUGAGUUGGGGGCUUUUUAAGAUCCCAGAAAGAUGAUCUGUUCUAACUUCAUUAAUGAGAAUUCUGAGGCCCAGAGAAAAGGAGUGAGUACUCGCAUCUCAGAACCAGUCCCAUGCUCUUGGCUGGUCUUUGCUGUUUUUUCCCUGCCUUCGCUGGCUAGAAGUUUUAAAGGUCAAGCAGUUCUAAACAGAAGCCCAGAUAUUCCAUGUAAGCUUGUCAGUCAUUCUGAUUUAAAAUGUAAUUUAUUCUAUAAUAAUUUUUUUCAAAGCACUUUACCUUUUUUUUAAUCUAUGUAACGCUAUUCUACAAUUUUAUUGCCAUGACUUCUUGGCAUCUGCAAACUGCAAGACAAUUACUGUGAAUUCUUAAUAAACAAUGUUAACAAUUUAUAGGCUUGGCAUUAGAUAAAAAGAACUUUGGUGUUUUGGUUUUGUGAUCUUUUUAAAAUCUAACGGAAACAAUGUAUACUCUAGAAAUUAAAGAUUUGUGUGCUAUAUCUCUUGAGUUUGGAGAAUGAUUUGAGUUUUGAGCCAUGAUGACAAGUUGACCUCAGAUAUC